UGAGAAGGAAAUGGACAAAAAGCUUCUGGAUUACACAUUGGUCUCCUCCGGCCUCCUUCUCAUGCUCACCUACCACAUUUGGCUUUUACAUCGCAUCCUCACAUAUCCCAAUAAGACCGUGAUCGGCAUCAACGCCAUGAAUCGUCGCUUAUGGGUUCAGGCUAUGAUGGACAAUGCACCAAACAACGGCGUCCUUGCCGUCCAAACACUAAGGAACAAUAUAAUGGCGUCGACCCUUUUGGCCUCGACUGCCAUAAUGCUCUGCUCUCUCAUUGCCGUCCUGAUGACGAGUGGCGGUGGCGGUGGCAGCGGCCAGAGUCAGUCCCCAUUGGCGGUGCUUGGAGACAGAAGCCAAUUUAGUUUCUCAUUCUCUGUCAAGUUCUUUGCCAUAUUGGUUUGCUUUUUGGUGGCGUUUUUGUUUAACGUUCAGUCUAUAAGGUACUAUAGCCAUGCAAGCAUUCUUAUCAAUACGCCAUGCAGAAAGGGUUUGAUCGAUGAUCGGCAUCAGCGUGGGCUCACGGCGGAUUAUGUGGCCACUACGGUGAAUAGAGGGAGUUAUUUUUGGUCGUUGGGAUUGCGUGCGUUUUACUUUUCAUUUCCUUUGUUGUUGUGGAUCUUUGGAGCUAUUCCUAUGUUUUUGUCUUCGGUUCUUCUUGUUUUUAUGCUCUAUUUUCUUGAUGUUUCGUUUGAAUUUUGUUGUGCUGAAGGGAAUUCGGCGUACCUCCCUCAAAGGGAUGAGGAAGAGGAGAUUGGGAAAUAG